GUGACAAUCUCUUACCAAAUUCCAGAAUACCUAUUCAAUCAUGUUUUUUCUAACUUUUUUUACUCUCUAAAAUACCUUUUCCUUCCUCUUUUUAGUUAUGCAUUUAUACUGUUAAUUUGUAUUCUUAUCGCUAAUCUAACCUUUUCCUUUUUGUACUGGCAAUCUGUGCACCUCAGUAGCAGUCAUAUAGAAUCCAUGCUUAUGCUUUUGACUCUGAAGUCUAUGCAGGGAUGAGAGCAUAUAAGGUAAAGACCACUAUAGAAGUUAACAGACAAAAGGGAGAUGGAGGAGUCAAGAACCAUGGAGUUAAUGAUUUCAUGGCUUGGAAGAAUCCAAUACAAGGGGCAUCAAGUACUGCAAGUCCUAGUGAAGGAGAAAGAAGUAAGGAAGUAAACAAACUUCAUAAUACUAGCCAGUCCUUUUUGGCAUCUGAUGCACCAGAGCUGGUUGUAUUUCUACAAGAGAGUGAUUAUCAGUCCGUCAAGGAUAUUUUCAUAGACAGGGAAGUUCCUUCACGGAGUGGAUUGAACUAUAAGAAUAUCCAUUCCAUGUUUCAUACAGAUGUGGAUUGUGACAGUGAAGAGGCCAGAAAAACUCUCAGGAUAAUGUCAUCUAUCUCCAAUGAGAUUGAACAGGACUUCCAGAAUUAUGUAAGGAAACAACUUACUCUUGAGAACUUAACGAAGGUCGGUGAAGAAGAUUCUGAUGGAAGAGAUGAUCAUUUACUAGAUAAGUCCACUGGGAAGAUGAUACCUGGGAUGCAGCACGUGAAAGAGUUUCAAAUAGGAGAUUCAAUUUCAUUGAGCCCAAAACCAUCUUCAACUGAAUCAAUUGAUGAAAAUAUCCAUUUAAGCGAGGUCUCUUCUAAUAGUGAAGCCGAGAGUGGAAGCACCAUUCAUCUUUCUGAUUCGUCUUUAACAACCAUGAGUAGCCUUGAGGAAUUUUUAGAAAGUCCAGAGUAUCUUCAGCCUCAUAUAACUGAGAGCUUAUCGAGGACUGAAGAGAGGGUGUCAAGAAGCCUAACACUAACAGGUCCAAGUCAAAGUUCUGUUAAUGAACUUGCUCGUGGAGAUUGUGGUUCCUUUGCAGUUAGUCCUCUUUCAGGCACAAUAACAUACUCAGGACCAAUUCCAUUUUCUGGUAGCAUUUCUCUGCGGUCAACUAGUAGCACUGCCAGCUCUCAAUCUUUUGCUUUUCCCAUAUUACCAUCGGAAUGGAAUGGCAGCCCAAUAAGAAUGGCAGAAGCUGACCAGAGACAGCCAAGGAAGCACCAAAGUUGGAGAACCUGUUUUCUCUGUUGUAAAUUCUGAAUGCUACAUGUGCCCUUCAUUGCUUGUUUAUAGGACACUAUUUUAUUUCCUCCUAUCUGAUUUUGUGUUCAUGUGUAUGCUGUGCAGGAUUCCAAUUAUCAUGCUAUUGGAUAAAGGUGUGAUGUAAAUGAUAAACCUAGCAAUGAUGCUUGUCAUUCAUUUUUUUUUUUUUUGGCCUUUUUGACAUCUUACAAAUAUGUUGUUUUACCUUCCAGUAUUAUUGUUUUUAAGUUGACAAAAAAUGCUUUUGGUUUUGGAUCAUUGGUGAGUGAUAUACUUACUGUCAAUGACUGAUACAAAG